UCUCCCACUCUCUCACUAUUUAAAGCCCUCUUUAGCCUGCUCUGUUUCUCACACCUCAAAACUCCCUUUUUUGAUUUCUUGAUUCUCAAAUCAAGAAAAUGGCUAACAAACUCAUUGCCCUUUUCCUGGUCGCCCUCAUUGCCAUUUCCUUGCUCCCUGCUUGGGCUUUGGGUUCUCAGCAGGGGCAGGGGCAGCACCAUCGACGCUCCAGCAAGAAGAAGAAUCCGUACGGACCGGGCAGCCUGAAGAGCUUCCAGUGCCCGUCGCAGUGCUCCCGGAGAUGCAGCAAGACACAGUACCACAAGCCCUGCAUGUUCUUCUGCCAGAAAUGCUGCCGGAAAUGCCUCUGUGUCCCUCCAGGCUACUAUGCCAACAAAGGUGUCUGCCCUUGCUACAACAACUGGAAGACCAAGGAGGGUGGCCCCAAAUGCCCCUAAUUUCUUCCUCUUUCGCCAUUUUAGAUCUGUAAUCUCAUCAUCAUCAUCUGCUCCAUUUACUGCUAUUGCUAUUGUAUUAUUCACUUCACAAGAAAUGGAAAAAAUGUGAUCUUUUUGUUUUAA